AUGGACACCAAGAAAACUACAGCCGAUGAUAGCCCUACUGCUGAAAGCACCUCUUCAGUCGAGGAUGCAUCACCAAGUCCAAUCCCAAAUGGCGGAUUGAUCGCCUGGCUACAGGUCGCUGGCUCAUUCUGUCUCUACUUUUGCACAUGGGCAAGUUUCGGAAGCUUUCAGACAAUUUACGAGCUCGACCAGCUUUCCUCCCAUACGCCCUUCCAAAUAUCCAUCAUCGGCUCUCUACAGACCUUUUUAAUGGUCUUUUCAGGCUUCAUUGUCGGUCCGGUAUAUGACUCUGGCUAUUUCCGACAUUUACUUGCUGUUGGCUCCAGCUUUAUUGUGAUCGGCACCGUGUUGCAGAGUCUGAGCACAAAGUACUGGCAAUAUCUUCUUACCCAAGGGCUGAUGAUCGGUAUUGGAGCUGGCUGCCUUUCGAUUCUGAGUGUCGCGGUUACUUCAUUAUGGUUCACUACGAGAUUGGCUCUUGUAAAUGGGCUUGCAGCUUGCGGUAGUGGACUUGGCGGCGUGCUACUGCCCAUUAUGGUAAGGGAACUCAACGAACAGACAAGUUUACCUUGGGCGACGAGAUCUAUGGCUUUACUGCUCUUAGUUCUUCUCGCUUUCUCAAACCUCGUCCUUCGACCUGGCCCCAAAUCAGGCUGUUUCUCUGUAUUCCUGGGAAUGUAUACACCUUUUGUUUAUGUUCAAAGCUACGCUCUCGACAACAACAUCGCUUCCGCCAAUUUGGCUGGCAACCUGUUGGCGAUCCUCAAUAGUAGUUCAAUAUUUGGGCGUAUUCUUCCCGCUUUCCUUGCUCAGAGACUCGGUCCCAUGAACACCAUCAUUGGUGCGGCAGUGUUACUCGCCACCACAAGCCUAUGUCUCAUCUCUGCAAACACUACUGCGCGACUACUUGUUGCAGUGAUAAGUCAAGGCUUUUUCACGGGAUCAUUCUUCGCGCUUCAGCCAACUAUCUUUGUUAGACUGACAAGCGAUGCGCGAAGGAUUGGGACAAGAUUUGGAAUGGCCUUUUCGGUCAUGUCGGUCGCGUUGCUGUUUGGUCCUCCCGUUGGCGGCGCCUUGAGAAAGAGUAUGGGAUAUACAGCUUCAUGGGUUUGGGCGGGCUUGACUAUUUUUGUGGGAGGCAUGUUGAUAUUGUGUAGUAGGCUUCUGAAGGACAAAUUUGUCUUGAAAAUGUCUUAUCUAUGUGAUUGGUCAAAUCGUAUGACUGUCUUACAAUGUCUUGUGUUGCAUUUGGGGGCCAUGCCACCCACCGGUGCCAGAGAAUCAUUUAUCAUCCCGCACCAAGAUGUACUAUAA